AUGAUAACCUUGCUGAACAGGCCUUUCGAGGCUCUGUCAGAUGCUGUCGGCGCAUCCCCCGAUGAACUCAAACUCAUCUUUUCUUUCGUUCUAUCGUACCCCCUCGCUGGCCUUCUCAAGCGCAUCCCCGAUUCGAAGCCGCAUGCGAAGAACCUAUUCAGCAUCUGCACGUCCCUCUUCUACCUCCUCGGCCUCUUUGACCUGUGGGAUGGUGCUUUCACCCUUCUGGUCAGUGCUGGAGGUGCCUACGCUAUCGCUAAGCACCUCAGAUCGAGCCCCUACAUGCCAUGGAUAGGCUUCGCCUUCGUCAUGGGCCACGUGUCCACCAGCCACAUCCAUCGCCAGAUUGUCGAGAGCCCCACGUCCAUCGACAUCACUGGGGCUCAGAUGGUACUCGUCAUGAAGCUCAGCGCCUUCUGCUGGAACAUCGCCGAUGGCUGCCUUCCAGAGGACCAGCUGUCUGACUUCCAAAAGGACCACAUGCUCAAGGAGUUGCCUUCUAUCCUCGACUUCGCAGGCUACAUUCUCUUCUUCCCCUCCCUUUUUGCCGGCCCCGCCUUUGAUUACGCCGACUACCGCCAGUGGAUCGAUACAUCCAUGUUCGAUGUCGGAGCCAACGUUGAUCCUUCCAAAAAACCUCCUGUUAGGAAGAAGCGCCGUAUUCCACGAAGCGGCACCCCUGCUGUACUCAAAGCCGCCACGGGCUUCGCCUGGAUCGGGCUCUUUAUAUGGCUUGGCGGGACUUACAACAGAAAUCUCCUUAUUGACGACUCAUUCCUGUCUUACUCCUUCCCGCGCCGGGUCUUCACGCUCUACAUGACGGGCCUCGUCGCUCGUUUCAAGUAUUAUGGUGUCUGGAGUCUUACUGAAGGGGCUUGUAUCUUGGCAGGUCUCGGUUACAACGGCGUUGAUGCCAUCACCGGCAAGGUAUCAUGGAACCGCCUCCAAAAUAUCGAUCCCUGGGUUGUCGAGACAGCCCAGAACCCCCGUGCCUACCUGUCAGGUUGGAACAUGAAUACCAACUACUGGCUACGAAAUUACGUCUAUCUCCGCGUGACUCCUAGAGGGAAGAAACCAGGGUUCCAGGCCAGUUUGAUCACUUUUGGCACCAGCGCCCUUUGGCAUGGAUUCUACCCUGGCUAUUACUUGGCAUUUAUCCUUGCCAGUCUGAUGCAAACUGCUGCGAAGAACUUUCGACGAUACGUUCGCCCUUUCUUCCUUGACCCGUUAUCGGGGUCCCCGUCUCCUAAGAAGAGGUUCUACGACUUCAUCACCUUCUUAGGCACUCAACUGGCCUUUGCCUUUGCCGUGGCGCCUUUCUUGAUUCUCUCCUUCUCUGGUUCUAUAAAGGCCUGGUCAGCCGUGCACUUUUAUGGUAUCAUAUGCACCGUAGCCGCCCUAAUUUUCUUCGCCUCCCCCGGCAAAAAAAUUCUCAGGGAGCAGCUAGACAAGCGCCAGGGCAAAGCAAGCGCCAGGCUGGUUCGUACCAUCAGCACGGACAGCCUUACCGGCGACCAGCCGAUGCUUGGCAUCCCCAAGGACCCGGAGGGGAGCAUCAACGAAGCAUUUGAGCAAAUCAAGAAUGACGUCGAAACUCUUCAGAGGAAACGCGAGCUUGAGAUUCAACAGCAGAGGAAGAAGGAAUGA